AGUGUGUUGUGGUCUUAUCUGUGUUUGUGAGGGUAAUUAUUAUGGUAAGCUGCAGGUGUACCUGUGUGUGUGUGUGCCCUCGUGUGUGUGUGUGUGUGUGUGUGUGUGUGUGUGUGUGUGUGUGUGUGUGUGUGUGUGUGUGUGUGUGUGUGUGUGUGUGUGUGUGUGUGUGUGUGUGUGUGUGUGUGUGUGUGUGUGUGUGUGUGUGUGUGUGUAAGGUUGGGGGCUUAGGCAGAUGAGGAGACCAUGACUCAUUGAUGGCUAGUUGGGGUGGCUAUAUAAGGGCUCAUUCCCCAGAAGGACGCAAGAAGAGAAAACCAAAGUCUCCUAUUAGACACACUGGCAGAAGACUCACUAGUUCAGUGCCCGACACCGCUGCGAGUUGACGCAAACUCACUGAAACCAACGAGAUUUCUUCUUCAGUUCAAAAAUAAUUACCAUAGUUACCGCGAGAGAAAAGAGAAAAGGCGCUCAUAGUACGACUUUGUUAUUCCGUUCGUGUUGGGGAGAAGCAGGAAAGUCCCACCGUCGAGCAUAUUACGCUGAAAAAGGUUGAAGAAGAAGAGGAUGCUUCUGAGAGUGGCCGUGGCGGCGGUGCUGGUGCUGGUGUGUGUGUGCAGCGGGGCGGCGAACGGGCUGCUGGUCCCCCGGGACUACGGGGUGAAGCUCUGCGGGAGGGAGUUCAUCAGAGCCGUCAUAUUCACAUGCGGCGGCUCCCGCUGGAAACGCUCCUUAGACGACCACUUGGACCCCUUCCAGAGGAACUACUACAGUGACGUCCCACAAGAAGAAGCCAACCAACCAAGCUGGCAGAAAGAUUACGCUAAAGUAAUAGAGGUCGUCCCGUACCCCCACCCACCCCCCAGCUUCAGCGACACGUUGGCCGACCUGCUGGCUGCGUUCGGGCGGGACGCCGGGGGCCCGGUGCGCACGCAGGACCCUCUGGGGGAUUUUCACCUGUCCAUGACGUCAGAGCAGCAGGGAAAACAAUCGAGCGUCGAGUGGCCCCAAGCCUCCUCCUCAUUGAGGAGGAAGAGGAACUUUUCUCUUGGCGUUGCCGGGAUGUGCUGCAACCUGGGCUGCACCAAGAACGACAUAGGACACCUGUGCUGAGGAUGGGACGGGGAGCGGGACGGGGAGGCAGACGGGGAGGGGGAGGGAGAGGCUUGGGGAGGAACGGAGCGUGUAGGGAUGAAGCAGGACAUUGUCCUUUGAGUCAAUGUGCAACUCUCCUCGAUUACUGUGUUUCAAUGACCGUGUUAUUACAACAAUUCAAAAGCUCAUGCAUUGGGGGACCAAAGGAAAAGAAGCCCGUGUAGGCUAAUUGUCUAGAUAAACUGAAUUAUAUUUUCAUUUGUCCUUACUGUUGCAAUAUGAUGAUGAGUUACCGAUAGCUAGGCUACUAUUGAUUUAUUGGAGAAUCGUAGGCAUAUAUUUUCUGAUAUGAAGUUGUUUAUGAUUUACAGUCCACCCAUAGUUUCACUGUGUGUUCAACGAAUUACCUGCAACGGUACAAAUAUUGAAUAAAUAUAUUGCUAAACAAA